GAGUGAUCCAGAACCCUGCAGAAUGAAACGCACUGAAGAUACUGAAGAACAAAGAGACCUGAUGGAAGAGAGCGAGGACAGUGAAGAACUGAGUGAAGUGGAGGAGGAACAUCAUGACAAACCUGGAGAAAAAUCAUUGAGUCGCUCAAAGACUAAAAAGACAUUUUUUAAGAAAAGAAGAGCCAAGAAAUUUACAACCUGCACUCAGUGUGGAAAGAGUUUCACAACCAAGCAACAUCUGGAGAAUCACAUGAGGAUCCACACCGGAGAGAAGCCGUUCACAUGUGAUCAGUGUGGGAAGAGUUUCUCAAGGAAAGAUAUUCUUGAUGUUCACAUGAGGAUCCACAGUGGCGAGAAGCUGCAUAUGUGUGCUCAGUGCAAAAAGAGAUUCUCAAACAAGAAUGAUCUUAAGAUUCACAUGAGGGUUCAUACUGGAGAGAGACCGUUUACAUGCGAUCAGUGUGGGAAGAGCUUUACACAAAAAAUACACCUUAGUGUUCACAUGAGGAUACACACUGGAGAAAAGCUUCUGUACGCUUGUGAUCAAUGUGAUAAGAGUUUCAUGCAACCAUCACUCCUUAAAGAACACAUGAGGAUCCACACCGGAGUGAGACCGUUCACAUGUCAUGAAUGCGGCAAAACAUUUGUUGGGUUAUCAAACCUGAAGGAACACCUGAAAGUUCAUACGAAGGAGAAGCCACAUUCAUGUUCUGUGUGUGGAAAGAGUUUUUCACUGCUGUCAUAUUUACAUAAACACCAGAAAAUGCACACUGCUGUGAGAGAGUACAUGUGCUUUGAUUGUGAGAAGACUUUUACUACAGCAAACUGUUUAAAACUACAUGAGAGAAUUCACACUGGAGAAAAACCUUACAAGUGUUCACAUUGUGACAAGAGAUUCAGUCGGUCAGAACAACUGAAAACACAUGAGAUGAUCCACACUGGAGAAAAACCUUACAAGUGUUCACACUGUGACAUGAGAUUCAGUCGGUCAGAACAACUGAAAACACAUGAGAUGAUCCACACUGGAGAAAAACCUUACAAGUGUUCACACUGUGACAUGAGAUUCAGUCGGUCAACACAUCUGAAAACACAUGAGAGGAUCCACACUGGAGAAAAACCUUACAAGUGUUCACACUGUGACAUGAGAUUCAUUCGGUCAGCAUCUCUGAAAACACAUGAGAUGAUCCACACUGGAGAGAAGCCGUACACGUGUGAUCAGUGUGGGAAGAGUUUUUCACAAAAACUAAAUCUUCAUCUUCACAUGAGGAUACACACUGGAGAAAAGCUUUUCAAGUGUGAUCAGUGCGAAAAGAGAUUCUCAAACAAGAAUUAUCUUAAGAUUCACAUGAGGGUUCAUACUGGAGAGAAGCCGUUCACGUGUGAUCAAUGUGGGAAGAGCUUCACACAAAAAACUCAGCUUAAUGUUCACAUGAGGAUACACACUGGAAAAAAGCUUCUGUACGCAUGUGAUCAAUGUGAUAAGAGUUUCAUGCGACCAUCACUCCUUAAAGAACACAUGAGGAUCCACACCGGAGUGAGACCGUUCAUAUGUCAUCAAUGUGGAAAAACAUUUCAUGGGGAAACCGCUCUGAAGACUCACCUGAGAGUUCAUACGAAGGAGAAGCCACAUUCAUGUUCUGUGUGUGGAAAGAGUUUUUCAUUGCGGCAACAUUUACAAGUACAUCAUAAAAUACACACUGCUGUGAGAGAGUACAUGUGCUUUGAGUGUGAGAAAAUGUUUACUACAGCAAAGUGUUUAAAACAGCACCAGAGAAUUCACUCUGGAGAAAAACCUUACAAGUGUUCACACUGUGACAAGAGAUUCAGUCAGUUAGCACAUCUGAAUACACACGAGAGGAUCCACACUGGAGAAAAACCGUACAAGUGUUCACACUGUGACAAGAGAUUCUGCAAUUCAUCAAAUCUGAAAGCACAUGAGAGGAUCCACACUGGAGAGAAACCUUACAAGUGUUCACACUGUGACAAGAGAUUCAGUGAUUCAGGACAUCUGAAAAGACAUGAGAGGAUCCACACUGGAGAAAAACCUUACAAGUGUUCACACUGUGACAAGAAAUUCGUUAAUUCAUCAUCUCUGAAAGCACAUGAGAUGAUCCACACUGGAGAAAAACCUUACAAGUGUUCACACUGUGACAAGAGAUUCAGUCAGUCAACAGAUCUGAAAACACAUGAGAUGAUCCACACUGGAGAGAAGCCGCACACGUGUGAUCAGUGUGGAAAGAGUUUCUCUCGUAAAAGUAACCUGAAUAAACACAUGAAGAUCCAUGCAGUGGAGAAACUCCUCGAUCCAUGCGGGAAGAGGUGGUACUGGUGGGUUUUCGAGGGAAAUUCAAGAGUGUCUUUGCGUCACGUCUGUAAACAGAAAGAACGAGUCCCAGCUAGAUCGCAUAUCUGAUGGACGAAAACAAGAAAAGAAAAACAGAAGACAAAAAGUGUAAAAACGCUUCACAUGUAAAUCAAGGCUGAAGAUUCACAUAAGAGUUCACACUGGGAAGAAGCAGAUCAGUGAAAUCGCAUCAGUCUUCUCGUUCUGACACCAAACGUGACACGAUAAAGCAUCUCUUCCAUACAAAUUUGUCCUAAUCAGCUGCAGCGAGAGACACGACAAAGAAACAUCAUCCACAGUUUACAAAGUUCAUCUUCAGGAGUUUGUGUUAAAGUUAGUAAUGAAUUUCCAUCACUCAGUUCUCUUUUAUGAAGGAAAGCAGAAGUUUUUUUAAAUGAACUCCGUGUUCUUGUGCUCUCACAGUUCAGGAGCUGAAGAAGAGUCAUACGCUUUAAGAGAAACAUGAAUCUGUUAUUAAUUUUUAACUCGUUCUUCAUUGUUUAGAACAUUUUUCUCUUCCACUUGUACUUUUCUAUGCAAAUGCUAAUGCAAAUUCUUUUAUGUAUUUUUGAAACUGGACACUGCUUCUCUUUUCUUGAGAUGUUUUGGCUCUUAUAAGUCUUUAGUGUCACUUUUACUUUUUGUAUAAUGAUUGAUUAAACUCAUUACUCAUGUUAUCAACAA